AUGUCACAGAAUCAGUCAUAUUUUUGGCACACAACGAGACGUAAUGUCUACUUGAAACGCGCGGCGAAGCUACACAUGUUUCUGGCACUGAUAGCCGUGCUUACAUUUUCCACAAUUUGUCUAGCAGAUGUGGCACCAAAACUAGACGAUGACAAUAACGACAUAAUUGGUGUACAGACUAAUAUGGCACCAUUUGAUAAAGACUCGAACAAUGACAACGUUUUUGAUGCUGCAAAAAAUUCACAAAAUACCGAUGAAGCCAAAGAUGGAAAAGGAAAGAAUGGUUUUGUAGAUGCGUUUACCGCAUCUAUAUCUGUAAUAUUAUUUACAGAAUUAGGUGAUAAGACAUUCUUUAUAGCUGCUAUAAUGGCAAUGCGACACCCACGGUUGAUUGUUUUUACUGGCGCCAUAUCAGCACUGGCAUUAAUGACCGUACUCUCAGUUGUAUUUGGCAUGGCGGCUACUAUUAUUCCUAAGGUUUACACUUAUUAUAUAUCAACGGCGUUAUUUGCUAUUUUCGGUUUAAAAAUGAUAUACGAUGGUUAUAAAAUGAAACCCGGUGAUGCACAAGAAGAACUGGAAGAGGUGCAAUCGGACUUGCGUAAGCGUGAAGAUGAGCUUUUACGUGCAACACGUUCCAAAUAUGAAGAUACCGAUACUAAACGCAAGAAUAGCAACUCAGAUAAAGAGGAUGGAAGUGUAGUGGACAGCGCUGGCGCUGUUACCAAGACGUCCAAUACUACACUACCUCAACGGGUUAAAAAUACCGAAAUGCAACAUCGUCAACGUAAACAACCGAAUUACAAUAACAACAACAAUAAUAAUAUAAACAAUAAUGGCUGUGAUCUCAAUAAUGAUGAUGAUUCUGGCAACGAAUGCAAUGAAAAUGAUGUCUUCCUCAACGGUGGUGUUUCUAUUAAAAUGUCGACUUUUCAUAGCAGUCCUGCCAUAUCAUCGAUAGCUUCAUCGAAUCAAACAAACCAAACAAAUUGUGAUGAUUUUAAUCAUAGUUCUAAUAAGCUUAAUUUUAAGAACAGCAAUGGUGAUAUGAAUCAAGGCAACAACAACAAUAACAAAAAAUCGAAGGAUGAUUCAGCUGCUGCGUUGGUGCAUUCUGCAUCCGCUUCAGCUGCAGUUAUGUUGAACAAGAAUGGCAACGUUGCUGGCACAAACAAUUGCACGAGUAUUAAUAGCAUAAAUAAUAGUAACUUAAGUCUCAGCUCAACUGGAGCUGCUGGACAGCCAAUUGGCGAGUUGAAACAAAUUGGCGGAAACAAAAAGCGGCUGGAACGUGAUGUUACCGCUACUCUGGUACAAGAUCCUGAAAGUGGAGUUGUACGUAAGGCAUCGAAAAAAGGUGCAACCUAUUUGACGUUACGUGUUUUGAUGCAAGCUUUUACUAUGACAUUUUUAGCAGAAUGGGGUGAUCGUUCUCAAUUGACAACAAUUAUUUUGGCUGCUAGUAAGAAUGUGUAUGGUGUCACUGUUGGUGGUAUUAUUGGUCACUCUAUUUGCACUGGCUUAGCUGUAAUUGGUGGACGCAUUGUUGCUGCUAAAAUAUCAGUGCGUACCGUUACCAUUGUCGGUGGCAUUGUAUUUCUAGGAUUUGCAUUGUACGCACUCAUCGUACAACCAGAUGACAUUUAAGUACUUGACAUACAUAACAUAAAUGAGUAAUUUACUUACAAAAAGAAUUAUAAAAGGAUUUAAAUUAAAUGGCUUAUGUCUGUUAGUAAUUAGUAGAUAUACAUAACAUACUUAUUAUUAGUUUUUGUUUAUAUUAAAAUUUAAUUUAAUUUUUCUGUGCCGUCAAGAAUCAACUGAUAUAAAGUGCCUUUCUUCUAUUUAUUCAAAAAUAAUAGUAUAUAAAAUUCUAUAUAAAUUAAAUCCAUGACGUUAA